AUGCACCUGUCAUUCCACGUGUCGCUGCUUCGUCCUUACACCGAUCCCAACGCCACCUUCUCGGGCCGUGAUCGCACUCCACUGCCGGUAGUUGUUGACACCGACGAGCUGGACUACCAAAUCCAGCGCAUCCUCAGGCACCGUCGCCGUCUUGUCUCUUUCAUCGACUUCUUGGUUCGUUGGCAUGGUUUCGACGCAGCAGACGACAGCUGGGUUCCUUCGUCCUCGCUGUCUCCCGACAACGCUUGCCUCCAAGCGUACCUCCAGUCUGCAGGCGCCGCGGACGUCGCCUCCUUGGGAAGGGGGGACCACUUCCUCUCAGUCUGUCCCACCACUCUCACUGUUGACCUCCUCGAGAAGUCCCUUCUAGCGGCUGAGAAGAGCAAAGUCGCUGUAGGGGCCUCUCGUGGUGACCCGCGCACCCCCAUCUUUGAGGGGUGCUCCCCCUCCCCCCUUCUGCCCUCUGUUGCCUCUGCUGCUACGGCCGACCUCCUUGGUCUUGAGUCGGUCGGUGCGGCGUCCGCCCCUAGCGGGAGACGCCGCUCUGGCAAGGGCAAGGGGGGCAAAGGCGUUGGAGGAGCGAGCGGGAGCGGUGGAGGUGGAGGCGGCGGGGGGAGUGGGGGUGGCGGUGCGAGUGGAGGUGGGGGAGGAGGUGUCGGUGGAGGCAGCAGAGGCGGCAGCGGCGGUGGUGGUGGGAGCGGGGGUGGCGGAGGUGGUGGCGGUGGAGGCGGCGGCGGAGGCGGCAGUGGUAGCGGAGGCGGCGGAGGCGGCGAAGGCGGCGGGGGUGGCGGUGGAGCUGGUCGCGGGUCUACACAGAGGAGUGGUUCCGGUGGUGGCCAGCGCCAGCAGCAGCAGCGCGGUCGUGAGACCCUGUCCCCUCAGCAGCUCCGUGAGUGGUACACUGCACGCCAGCGGGGUGGGGGUUUUGGUCCGUGCACCUACGUCCUGCGCACCGGCGACCGUGCGGGUGAGCAGUGUGGGGGUGCGCACCCCACCCAGCGCUGCUUUAGCCGUCUGACAGACGCGUGGCGUCGCCCGUUCCCAGAGGCCACAGAGAUCCCUCGCUGGGGCGAGCUGUCUAGGGCGGGAGUUGCUAUCUAUGAUCUUGAUUUUGAUGCUAUUCUUUCUGCCAUGUAUGCUGUAUCCAUUAGUGAUGACGGUGACUGUUACCGGUGUUUCCCGCCCGAUCCGGGCAUUGGGACUGCUGCUCUAGGUACUGGUGAGGCUGCUGCCCUAGGUGCUUGUGACGCUGCUGCUCUAGGUGCUAGUGCGUCUGCGUCCUCAGGUACUGGUGAGUCUGCGCUCUCAGGUACUGCGUCGGCUUCGGCCUCCCUCACCUUCACCCUUGACUCUGGAGCUUCUCGCUCCUUCUUUCGGGACCGCACCACACUCACGCCGCUUAGUCAGCCCGUUGCGGUGUCUCUGGCUGUCCCCUCUGCGGGUCCUGUCCUGUCUCACUUCUCCACAGUCCUUCCGUGUCCGGCGGCUCCCUCUGGCACCCUGUCUGGUCUCUACCUCCCCUCGUUCUCUACAAACCUGGGGCGCCAGCGGGCUGCCCCUCACUCCUCCCAGUUUCCUCCGACAGAGGCCCCGCUGCAGACGCUUCACAUGGACGUGUGGGGCCCAGCCCGCGUCCGUGGACAGGGUCACGAGCGCUACUUCCUGCUCGUUGUUGACGACUACUCGCGUUACACCGCGGUCUUCCCCUUGCGCAGCAAGGGUGAUGUCACUGAGGUGCUGAUCGACUGGAUCCGCGCAGCUCGUCUCCAGCUCAGGCAGAGCUUUGGCUCGGACUUUCCUGUUCUGCGUCUACACUCGGACAGAGGCGGAGAGUUUUCCUCUGGCCUUCUGAGAGCCUACUGUCGCGCACGAGGCAUCCGUCAGACCUUCACGCUUCCGGACUCCCCGCAGCAAAAUGGGAUUCCUGAGCGCCGCAUUGGCAUGGUCAUGGAUGUCGCUCGUACGUCUAUGAUGCAUGCGGCUGCUCCUUAUUUUCUGUGGCCGUCUGCGGUGAGGUACGCGGCGCAUCAGAUCAACCUACACCCCAGGGUCUCCAUGCCGGAGACCUCCCCAGCCUUGCUGUGGACGGGGAAGGUUGGCGAUGCGUCGGCGUUCCGGGUCUGGGGAUCUCGGGCGUUUGUCCGCGACUUGUCUGCGGACAAGCUGUCCCCUCGUGCUGCUCCUUGCGUCUUCCUGGGGUUCCCCCCUGACGCGCCGGGGUGUCUCCUACUACCGUCUCUUCCCCUACCGCACUCCGUCCCUCCCCCCCCCCCCCCCCCGCUCUUCCUUGUACCAGGUCCCCCCCCGGUAGACCCCCUCCCCCAUCAGGGUCCUGCCCCUUCAGGUGUGUCCCAGGUAGACGCAGUCGAGCCUGUCAAGGUUUCUGGUGACUCUAGUGCUGCUGGGGGUGCUAAGCCUGGGGGUGCUGAGCCUGGGGGUGCUGCGACUAGGGGUGCUGAGCCUGGGGGUGCUGAGCGUGGGGGUGCUGAGCCUGGGGGUGCUGAGCGUGGGGGUGCUGAGCCUGGGGGUGCUGAGCGUGGGGGUGCUGAGCCUGGGGGUGCUGAGCCUGGGGGUGCUGAGCUUGGAGGUGCUACGCCUGGAGGUUCUGCGGUUGCUUCGUCUCUGCGGGAGCAACUCUCUCCACAGGAGCUGCGCGAGUGGUUUGCCCGGCGCUGGAGCCGUGCUGCUGGUGCUAGAGGUUCUUCGACUACUGAGGGUGCUGCUGUCGCGGGUCCCGGAGGUGCUCGUACUGGGAGUACUGGAGCUGCUGGGCCUACGGGUUCGACUGGAGCUGGUGCUGCUGAGGGUGUUGGCGCUAAGACUACCGUUGGCGGUCCUGCUGGGGGUACUCUUGGUGCUGCUGGAGGUUCUGGAGCUACUGGAGGUGCUGCUGGAGCGGGUGCUCCUGCUGGGGGUACUGGUGCUGUCCCUGCUGUGUCUGGCGUCGCCACGCGGCCUCGACCGUACUUCGUUCCACUCCUGCAGCAGCCUACCUCCCCUUUGCCUGCUCCUUCUCCCUACACUGGUCCUACUGGAGGUCUUGCUGAGCGUCGUGAGCCUGCGUCUUGCCCUACGUCGCCUGUCCGUGCUGCUCGCGCUAGUGGUCAUGGUUUGCGUCAGCGUCCUCCUCCUGUCCCUGGCACGCACCGGAUGUCUCUACGUCCGUCCACUACUCCUCUGCGUGCCCCUUUGCCUUCUCCUCCUGAGUCCUCUCUUCCUACUCUUGCUGACCCGCAGUCGGACUCUCUUCGUGCUGCCAGUCCUACCGUCACGCGUCUCCUGGCUACUGUCGUCAUUGACCCUUCUUUCGAGUCCACUGCUGCGUCUGCCCUAGUUGCUGAGCUCGUCGACUUUGCUGCUCGCUGUCGCCUAGACUACGCUGCUAGUCUUGUAGCUGAGUCUGAGUCUGUCUGUCCUCCGUCCGUCGGGGGUGAGUGUGCCCUCGGCACGGACGUCCUUGAGGACAGGCAGGAGGAGUUCCAGUGUCUGGCAGCUGCUUCACCUCAUCUCGUGUCCGUACUGCUUACCCCUGAGGGAGACCCGGAUGCACUUGACAUCCCGACUCCGCGCUCCUACGCGGAGGCGAUAGAGGGUCCCUACUCCUCUCAGUGGCAGGCAGCUAUGGACGCAGAGAUGGCUUCCUGGAAGUCCACAGGCACCUACGUUGACGAGGUUCCCCCGCCUGGGGCGAACAUCGUCAGUGGCAUGUGGAUCUUCAGAGUGAAGCGGCCGCCGGGUUCUCCGCCUGUCUUCAAGGCACGUUACGUGGCUCGUGGCUUCAGUCAGCGGCAGGGAGUUGACUACUUUCAGACCUUCUCUCCCACCCCGAAGAUGACCACUCUUCGGGUACUGCUGCACGUUGCUGCUCACCGUGAGUACGAGCUGCACUCUCUCGACUUUAGCACAGCUUUCUUGCAGGGCCGCCUGCACGAGGAGAUCUGGCUGCGCCGCCCACCUGGCUUCACUGGGUCGUUCCCUCCUGGUACCCAGUGGAGCCUCCGCCGUCCAGUUUACGGUCUCCGCCGGGCGCCACGUGAGUGGCACGACACACUGAAGACUACACUUGCGGCUCUUGGGUUUGCUCCUUCUACUGCCGACCCGUCGCUGUUUCUACGCACCGACACCUCUUUGCCGCUGUUCUACAUCCUCGUGUACGUCGACGACUUGGUCUUUGCCACAGCUGACACUGCUGGACUCGCCUACAUGAAGUCCGAGGUGAAGAAGAGACACACGUGCACAGACCUGGGUGAACUGCGCAGCUAA